AUGGAUAUGUUAUCGACGGAUCCCCCGUCUUCGAUAUACGGUGCUGCGGGCGAUAGCUACAACUCCUAUAACGAAGUUGAGCUUUUGGGAGGCACCACCGCAUCUCACAUCGGAGAUGAGAACACUGAGAUUAUGCAGCACAAUGGGAAUUCACUCACCAUGAGGAAACGUCAACGGGUAGUUCACCUUCCAGCGAACCUCACCUUGAUCCAAAAUGCGCUUAUUCAUUUGAUACUUGAAUUGUUCAGCGAGACGUUGUUGAGUGAAUUGAAAACUCGAGAGAAUAAACCGAGUAUUGAAAGCUUAUUGGAAGUUUCCAGUAUGCAAUCGACGAUUUCGGCACCUACUCCAGUCAACAGGGACAUCGAUCCCAAUAAUAGCAUAGGCGAGCUUAUUGACUUGUGUUUUGAAAAAUUGGCCGUGGUGAAUAACCAGCCCACUUUGCUUGUUGAUCACUUCAUCCCCAAGAAAUUGAUACUUUCGGAAACGAACGAGUUGCAGUCGAUCAUGUCGGGGAAAUACGAAUUGCUCAAUGAGAUUGUUGAUGCGUUGAUUGAGGACACACGUGCACUGGGCGAGCUUUACCCGAUAUUGGUUAUCGCCAAGAGCAACAAGGAGUUGGAGUUGAUUGAAGGGAUGAUCAUUGGUAAGGAUUUGAGAUAUAGCAACUCGAGUAAUUUGAAGUUGUAUGAAGAUGGCCGCAAAUUCCAUCCGGGACUGAGCGAGGGAGCCAAGGGGGUUUGCAUCAACUUGAUUCAGUCGCUGCAACUUUACAAUAAUUACUUGAACCAGUCGUUUUCGGUUAAAUAUCGAUUUAUCUACUCGUUUGACUUUAACUUGGACGCCACGAAUCCAAGUAUCGAAAUGUUGCAAUCAGAUGAUGACUGUCCUAUAUUUAUUCCCGUGCCUGUCUUCUCAACGGAACAUUUGCAAUUACACUUGGAGCCCGAGGAGCCUCAACUGAGUCGAUUUAUUAAUGAUGAUGUUGAUGGUGGUGAUGGCAGUGCUGGUAGUGGUGGUACUGGUGAUGGAAAAAGAGUUCGAGAUUGGAAAGUCAAGAUUUUACACUCGUUGGUGGUAAACAGCCUGGAUCAUGAAAAAAGCAUGAAUCGUCGAAUAGACAAUUUUUAUUAUGAUUCUUAUGGUGCCAAUAUGGGAUUUUUCAUACUGAACAUUGGCAACCCCGAAGCAUUGGGUGCAUUGAUGAAAGACUAUGACAACCAAUUGAUUCAAAGUUUCUCCAACGAAAAGUUGAAAAAGAGAUUGAAAAAGGUUGAUGAUGCGGGACUCUUGACUCGGGUGAGAAAUGGCGUUCCACUUACAAGGGAAAACUUCAACAGGGAAAUGUCAAGGGUGCUACAUUUGCAACUUUACCAGGUAAAUGACAUGGUUAGACACGCUGAAGAAGUGGAGAUUCCAAAAAAGAGAAAGUUUGAAACUUCGCGACAAGUGCACUUUGACGAAGACGAAGACUCGAUUGCCGAAAAUUACCGCAAGUUUCAAAAAUUGAAUGAGGAAGCCAUGCUUGAUGAUCGCAAACUAGCGCGGUUGGAGAACGAGGUGACCAAAAACGAGGACAAAAUUGGAGCCCUUGACAAAAAAUUAGAAGAUCUUCAAAGUAGUGUCAAGGAUGAUAAUUUUGCAAAGGAAGCGACAUCGGAGCAAAAGCAGCAAGAACUCAUCAAGGAUUUGCAAAAUGAAUUGGAGGAUUUGAGUCGAGAAUAUACUUGGAUCAAUAACGAGAUUGACGAAGCAAGAUUGCAAUACCAGCAAAGUUCAACAAACGCAGUUGCGGAACUACACAAGCUCAACAAGCUCAAAACUCAAAAGCAAGCCAUUGAAGAUAGAAUUUCAGGCCCUGGUAUGGUUCAAUUGCCCGAUCUAAUCCAUAGUGAUACAUUGGCUAGUUACGAGCAAAGAUUGACAAGAUUGAAAGCACAGAAUAAGUUUCUUUCUGGGUUUUUCAAUAGCAAAAUUAGUCAUAUCUACACUGAAAGACAGCAGAUUACAGAAAAUAGUGGCUCAAGUGGCUCAAGUACCCGUCCAAGCAAUAGAAUCAGCAGAGACUCAACACCACUAUAG